UCUUCUUUCACCCCCCCCCCCUCCUCCUUCUUCUUACUUAGGGUUCUAUAUUAAUCCUUCUAUUUUGCUCUCUCCUUUCUCUCAAAUUGAAUCGAAACAAAAUCAAUGGAUCGUCUUAAGCUUUGUUUCUCCGUUUUCGUUCUGUUUUUCUUCAUCGCCUCCGUUUCGUCGUCCGAUGUCAACGACGGCGAUGAUCUGGUGAUCCGUCAGGUGGUUGGUGGAGCCGAUUCCGAGGUUUUGUCCUCGGCGGAUCACUUUUCUCUCUUUAAGAAAAAGUUCGGCAAGGUCUACGCUUCCAACGAGGAGCAUGACUACAGGUUCUCCGUUUUCAAGGCCAAUCUGAGGCAAGCGAGGCGUCACCAGAAGUUGGAUCCGUCGGCGCGUCACGGUGUAACGCAGUUCUCAGAUCUGACUCGCUCCGAGUUCAGGAAGAAGCAUCUGGGGGUUAAAGGUGGGUUUAAGCUUCCCAAGGAUGCCAACAAGGCUCCCAUCCUCCCUACCGAAAAUCUCCCUGAGGAGUUUGACUGGAGAGAUCAUGGUGCUGUUACCCCCGUCAAAAAUCAGGGAUCUUGCGGUUCUUGCUGGAGUUUCAGCGCCACCGGAGCUCUGGAAGGGGCUAACUUCCUCUCUACCGGCAAACUCAUCAGCCUUAGCGAACAACAGCUCGUCGACUGUGAUCACGAGUGUGAUCCAGAGGAGGCAGGUUCGUGCGACUCUGGUUGUAAUGGUGGGCUAAUGAACAGCGCAUUUGAAUACACCCUCAAAACCGGAGGGCUCAUGAGAGAAGAAGACUAUCCUUACACUGGAAAGGACGGCCCCACCUGCAAGUUAGACAAGUCCAAGAUCGUUGCCUCUGUCUCCAACUUCAGUGUUAUCUCCAUUGAUGAAGAACAGAUUGCUGCCAACCUUGUCAAGAACGGGCCUCUUGCUGUAGCCAUCAACGCUGCCUAUAUGCAGACUUACAUUGGAGGAGUCUCUUGCCCUUACAUAUGCGCUAGGAGGCUCAACCACGGUGUCUUGUUGGUGGGUUAUGGCUCGGCUGGUUACGCUCCAGCUAGGUUCAAGGAGAAGCCUUACUGGAUUAUCAAGAACUCGUGGGGAGAGACCUGGGGUGAGAAUGGUUUCUACAAAAUCUGCAAAGGCCGUAACAUUUGUGGCGUUGACAGUCUUGUCUCCACUGUUUCAGCCACAGUCUCAACUACGGCCCAUUGAAAGCAUCGGCGAUAAUGUUAAUUACUUUGGUGAUUUGUGUGAGCGAGCUCUCUGUUGCGCUGACUCUCUUAUUUAUCUCUGCUUUUUGCUUGUAAAUAAAAUGCAUUCUGUUGAGCAAUGCCGUACAAUGCUCAUUAGUAAUGGAGUUGAAUCGAAGAAAAUGGGCCGUUAAUAUUUGCCUAAACUUUUAACAAA